AAUCACGACUCACCAAGCUGAGAUCACUUCCUGUUGGGUUCCCAUGCUGGAUGUGUGCUUUCCAUACUAGUUCUACUACACGUUUUUCGCAUUUCAACAGCAAACCAUAUCAUGGCCAAAGACAAAUCUUUGACAUCUAAAAGGAAGAGUUCAAAUGUCAGCGAGGUCCAUGCAGAAGAAAUAAUGGACACUAAAGGAAAAAAGAAAAGGAAAAAGAUGGAGGCAGAGGAGGCUCCAGUGCAGAUUCCACAUGUGACACUCACAGCAGAUGAUAAAAAACAGAAGAAGAAAAAGAAAAAGAAAGAAACGCAGAAGACAAGAGACAGUGAGAUUUCAGAUCCGCCCCUUAGACCAGUGGGGACACAGGAUCUGGAGGGAGAGGAGGACCUGAGCCCCGAGGAGAGGCGAGUUCUAGAGAGGAAGAUGAAGAAGAUCCUGAAGAAGGAAGAGAAGAAGAGGCUUAAGGCUGAGGGAGAAACGAUACUGAAACCUGAAGCCUCCGGACCCAUCGCACCUCAGCAGGCCUUAGAGUACCUCACCUGCUGGGCUGAGAAUCGCACAGAGUGGAAGUUUCAGAAGACCAGGCAGACGUGGUUACUGCAGCACAUGUUUGACUCUGAGCAGAUUCCAGACGAGAAGUUCUCUGUGCUGCUGCAGUACCUGGAGGGGCUUCGUGGAGCAGCCAAAGACACCACAGUGCAGAAGGCCUUAGCCCUGGUGGAAGAGUCGGGACAGGCACCAGAGGACAGAGACGUCCAGCAGAGGGCGCACAGAGCCAGAGAAGUGAUCCAGCUGCUCUCCUGAACCCACCACCUCAAACAAAGACACGAGGACCACUAGAAAAAGACUGAAACAAGUUUGUUGGUCAGUGGACUGAAUGGCCGUCCCGGUCUCAAGCUAGGGCGGAAAUGUUUCUCUUCAUGUGUAGUUUUUCCUUUAGAGAAAGGAAGCAUUUUGAUGAAAAUACCAGUAUUGCUCACAUUUUUUUUAAUUUAAAUGUCUGGAUUACUUUUUACUCUCUAUUUCUAGCCUUGUGUGCAUUGUUGCCUAUUGCUAAUCAGUUACCAAAGUAAUUUUAUUAACGAUGAGAUCUUACAAGUUAUUUUUUUUUAUUAUAAGUUACACAGUAGAUCAUUUUUUCCUAAUGUAAAAAGUCCAGUUUCACCAUUAUGGACAGAUGAGGACAGAUGUGAUUCCCCUAAAGAUGCACCAGGUAGCUGUUGGAGACUGCUGAGAUAAAAAAAGUCUCAGGAAUGUCUGUAGUCGAGACAUGUUUGUACACGUCAAAGCCCCAUAAUCUGUGAAGUCACUGAUGAGAAUAACUUUUCUCAUCCACUCAAACUAUAACCACGUUUUGGUUGCCUCCUAUUUCCAGCCUAUGAUUUAAUAUACCAAACAUGCAUUUGAGUUUAUCUACUUAUUGUGGGGAUUAAUGUAGACCCAUUAAAUAAAACAUUUCUCAUCACA